CACGCCAUGGCCAAUCCUGACGGUGGACUUAAAUAUUGCCCUCUCGCCCAUGGUCUCUGGAGGGAGUAACACAUCAUUCAUUCCUUAAAUUCAUUCAUUCGUUACACCACCAUGUCUCCAAGCAAGCAGGCCCUUGCCGCUCUUCUUCUUUCCGUCACCGGCACCUCUGCCGCGCCGGCCCCCCAGGCCAGCUCCAGUGCCAGUGACUCCUUUAAGGCGAACCCCGAUGUUGGCCCUGGAGGCAGCAGCUACAAGGACUCGGACCAUUUCCGCCUCUAUGGCUCGGCCACGGGCGGUUCUGAUAAGGUCUUUGGCAUGAUGGAGGCCGCCUAUUCCUGCUUUGUUGAUGACAUGGAAUUCACUACCUCCGGUCUCUCGAUUCUGGAUGAUGCCGACCAGAACUCGACCCUGUGGAAGGAGAACAUCUAUGCCACAGAUGGCCUCAGUGGAGGCGCUGCGGGUGUGCUUCAGUCCGACCCAACUCUCGGUCUCAGCUGGCUGGAGGUUCUCCCCGACUUCGCCGCCGACCCAAGCGUCUUGGUCCACGAGUACGGCCAUGGCCUGACCUACCACAGCCGCACCUGGGUUGACCAGACUGCCACCGGUGCCUGGUGGGAAACCAUCGCCCAGUGGUUCGCCGAUACCUACAUCACCUCCUCCCUGUGCCAGAAGGCGCGUUCGAGCCACAACCAAGAGGCCGGCAACUCGAUCAUCGAGCUCAACAAGGUCAUCAGCGACUCGUACCAGGUCAUCGUCGACGGCACCGCCGAGUCAGGCAACUACUACCAGGCCUGGCCCUUUUUCACCUAUCUCACCACCAACCCGGACAACUACACCGGCCUCGGCCAGGACACCGUCCGCCAGCUAUUCAAGCAGUACAAGGAGGGCAGCAAUGAGACGCCCCUCCACACCCUGGCGCGCGUUUCCACCGACGCCUCCGUCGCCGAGAUCGUCGGCAGCUACUGGGCGCACAUGGCCUACGUUGACAUCGACAACUCGGCCGCCCAGGAGGCUUUCUUCAGCCAGCGCAAGGACCUCAACUACGAAAACGUGGAGUCCACGGGUGACGGCUCCUAUGCUGUGAAGUCCGCCCGCCAGCCUCAGUACAUGGGUGCCAACAUCCUUCCUCUCACCACGUCCGGUGUCGGCACCGUCGAGGUCACCGUCACCAGCAGCGGCACCUUCACUGCCACGCUUGCCGUCUACAACUCCGAGUCGGGUGCCGUGCGCUACGUCUCGCUUAAGAACGGAAAGGGGUCCGCUGACCUCACGGCCAACGAGGAGGCCAGCAUUGUUGUCGCCAACACCCCCGAGUCCGUUAUCCAGUAUGAUGGCUUCAAGCUUUCGGAUGAUGUCAAGAAGGGUCUAGAUUACACGGUUAAGAUCACCGGUGCCACCAUCUAAGCUUUGUUCUCUGAACAUAUGUCGCUUUUUGUUGGAC